UCCCAGGCGCUCAGAGAGCUCGGACGGCCGGCUCACACACACACACACACGCGCGCACACACACUCUCUCCCGGAGACGCUGGGUUUCGGAUUCCCUCUUCGAUCGCGCUCGUCCGUGCGUAAUGCGGGACUCACCGGCACCGGGGACCGCACGGAGGCACGCGCCCGAUGGCGACCCGUGAGCGCGCCAGGACUAAGCAUGCUGAACGGAACCGGGACCGAGCCGCGGGAGACGCUGGGGCGCGCGCUCACCGGGUGCCUGCUGUGCGCGCUCAUCCUCUGGACUUUGUUCGGGAACAUCCUGGUGUGCGCGGCCGUGCUGCGCUUCCGGCACCUGCGCACUAAAGUCACCAACAUCUUCAUCGUGUCGCUGGCGGUGUCGGACCUGUUCGUGGCCGUGCUGGUGAUGCCGUGGAAAGCGGUGUCGGAGGUGGCCGGCUUCUGGCCGUUCGGCGCCUUCUGCGACAUCUGGGUGGCGUUCGACAUCAUGUGCUCCACCGCCUCCAUCCUGAACCUGUGCGUGAUCAGCGUGGACCGCUACUGGGCCAUCAGCAGCCCGUUCCGCUACGAGCGCAAGAUGACGCCGCGCGUGGCCUUCGUGAUGAUCGGCGCGGCGUGGACGCUGUCGGUGCUCAUCUCCUUCAUCCCGGUGCAGCUGGACUGGCACAAGGCGGCGGCGCGCAGCGGCAGCGGGAACGGCGGCGGCGCGGGAGACUGCGACUCCAGCCUGAACCGGGAGUACGCCAUCUCCUCGUCUCUCAUCAGCUUCUACAUCCCCGUGGCCAUCAUGAUCGUCACCUACACGCGCAUCUACCGCAUCGCGCAGAUCCAGAUCAGGAGGAUCGCCUCGCUGGAGCGCGCCGCCGAGCACGCGCAGAGCUGCCGGUCGAACCGCCUGGCGUGCCAGCACCACAGCAGCCUGAAGAGCUCCAUCAGCCGCGAGACCAAAGUGCUGAAGACCCUGUCGGUGAUCAUGGGCGUGUUCGUGUGCUGCUGGCUGCCGUUCUUCGUGCUCAACUGUGUGGUUCCGUUCUGCCACGACAAGCCGUCCGCGGGCCUGCCGUGCGUCAGCGACACCACCUUCGACGUGUUCGUCUGGUUCGGCUGGACCAACUCCUCGCUGAACCCCGUCAUCUACGCCUUCAACGCGGAGUUCCGCAAGGGCUUCUCCAGCCUGCUGGGCUGCCGGGGCCGCUGCCGGACCCCGGUGGAGACGGUCAACAUCAGCAACGAGCUCGUGUCCUACAACCAGGACACGCUGCUCCACAAGGAGAUCGCGAGCGCGUACGUCAACAUCAUCCCGAACGUGGUGGACGACACGUUCGACCGGAUCUCGCAGCUGUCGCACGACGACGAGGACGAGGACGCGUGCAGAGACUCGGUGUGCGAGCUGGAGUGUGACGCGGAGCCCCGCGCGCCCUUCACGGCCAACGGGAUCCACUGAGCGCAGGACAGACCCCCGCUGCUGUUUCUGCCGUGUGUGUGUGUGUGUGUGUGUGUGUGUGUGUGUGUGUGUGUGUGUGUGUGUGUGUGUGUGUGUGUGUGUGUGUUUCUGCUAAACUCUGCACUGGUUCUCCACACUGAGGAAACAUGAGUUCUGGGCAAACAGAAAGCUCCUCACUGUUCAGAGGCUGAUGUUAGAGGUGUAACAGCACACACAGGAGCCAACAUCUGAAGAUCACAUCUGCUCAACACCCGUCACACUCUCAACAAUACUGCAAAACUAGGAUCCUCACACACACUGCAGAAACAGCGCUUCAGUUAUGUGUAUUAUUAUCCUGUCUCCAGUCCAGAUAUCUAAAAGUUCUUAAAUCAAGAAGCAUUUGUAGACCAGCAGAACAUGAUGUCUUAUUUUAAUAAUUAAUAUACCACAGUGAAACGGGCUUUCCUUAACACAAGCUAAACCAUCUUCUGGCGGACCGAACAACAAGAUGAUUUAGCUUGAUAUAAGGAAAACCCACUAAAGAAUUAGUUUAUUUGGACUGGAAACAGAACCAAAGAUAGGAACUAAAGCUGUUUCUGCAGUGUAGAACAGAUGAGCAUACGUGUGUUCAGCACUCACAGGUCCACUUUAAUAUUCAUAUUCACUGAGAAAUUGAUAAAAAUGUUCAUUUUCAAGAAGAGGUGUACAUAUUUAUAUAUAUAUGUGUGUGUGUGUGUGUGUGUGUGUGUGUGUGUGUGUGUGUGUGUGUGUGUGUGUGUGCAGUAUGCAGAAGCUGUACUGUAACUGAGCCAGAUGACCUCCGCUGAGCGCUUGUGUUUGGGUGUUUUACACUGAUCAUCAGUCCAUAACUCUUGCUGAAUGUGCUGUAUUAUAGCUCAGCACACUCUCAGAUCUCUUGAUUCUGGUGUAAUUCUGCUUUCAGCACUUUAAUCGUCUCUAACACACACAUAGCGCAGCAGCACAGUGCACAGAACAGUGAAGGUAAUGAUAAAGAAUUGACCGAUCCUUAAACACGACAGAGUCUGGAGACUGUAAUGUAAAACACACUCCAGUUCAGCACUUCUGAAUGUUAAAGUUAUGAGUUUAGAUGAGUGUGUUGUCUAUUCACGUGUGCUACACCUCCAGUCAUCCUCUGCCCAGAUCUUAUAGUUUCCUCUGUGUG